GAAGCUUUAGCACCACGCCCUCUCCUUCCAAUCCGUCGUCGCCGCCUCUGAACAGGGCCGUGAACUGCCGCCUCUUCAUCAUCAGGGGGGCCGGCGGUGCGUAAUCGGAUGCAGUCCUCUUGCCGUUGUCUCCAUGAUCGGGAGUUGGAGGGACUGAGUACUACGGUCCGCCAUCCCAGUCCAACCCGGCAAGAGGAUAAAGUCACACAACGGCUCCACAAAUUCAAAGUACCAUCUGUCUCGCACAGAGCAAAAGCCAGAGCUGUGAGAGACCCAAACCCCACCAUGAUGAAUUCUUGCGCCAGCACUCUCUCCCUCUUGGACGCCUUGCUCUCCUCUAUGGCCGCCCUCUGCUUUACGCCCCACCGCCUUGAUGGCCACACCAUCAACGGCAGCGUCAAGACGAUCCGGAACCGUAGUGGCGAAGACUCAGUCCCUCCAACUCCCGAUCAUGGAGACGGCGGCAAGAGGACUGCAUCCGAUUACGCACCGCCAGCCCCCCUGAUGAUGAAGAAGCGGCAGUUUACGACCCUGUUCAGUGGCGGCGGCGACGACGGAUUGGACGGAGAGGGCGUGGUCCAAAAGCUUCGGUUUGAGAUUUAAAGAACACAAAAUGAAAAAUGAAAGGAAUGCGGCUGAUCUGGGAGGCAGAUUGUGUUAGCUUCAGGACAAGAGUACUCCAUCAAGUUGAAUUAUCAAGAAAACCAUUAAUCUACCAAAGGAAAAGAAAGCUUGCCCUCUUGAGUUGUAACCAGCAUUUGUUUGUUUUAAAAUGUUUGGUAAAAGUUGAUUAUAAUAUGCAGACUUUGGUGAUUUGAUGAUUCUUAGGCAGGUUUUGGUCUCUAAUCUGCAUCAAUCCCUGGCAUUUUCUUUUUCUUAAAUCUUAAGUUAUGAAAUUCCCCUCAUGCUGCUAAGCACUCAUCAGUCCAGCG